UUAAAAUAUGGAUCUUUGUUGGAUUUUUGCUGAAAAUUUGUGUAAAUUUCCUAAGAAGACUCCGUGCUGAAAUGUUGCAUCACAAACACCUGUCAUUACAACAGAGCAUUUAGUAGAAUGUAAUAGAUUGUAUAUGUCGUUUGAAUACUUAUUUUAUUUUAUUCGAAGAACUUAAGAGCAACUGUAUCAAUAAACGGUGAAAACCUCUUUGUUUUUCAGACUCAACACCAGCUGCUCAAACCACCAUGAACAUUACAACAGCAACAACAGAACAAGUAACAAAUUCAACAACAUAUGCCACAACCAUGACAACACCUAUAGCAACACCUGUGACAAAUUCAACACCUGAGACGACAACCUUCACUGUCACCAGCAUGGCUACAACACCUGUGACAAAUUUAACUCCCUCUGUCACUGACACAACAGCUUCAACAACACCUGUGACAACACUUGUAACAAGUGUAAAUCUGACACCCCAAAAUACAACAACUGGCGCUAUCCCCACAACAAACAUGACUGUUGCUACCACAAAAGUAACAACUCCAACCAGUACCACAAGUACUUCUACUAGGGCCACCACAAUCAUGACCAGUAGUAUGACUUCCAGCACCCCCACAACUGCUAACAAUGGCCCUACAACUGUUACCUCGAAAACUGUAGCUACCACAACUGCUACAUCUACUGUCUUGACCUCCACUACCACCUUACCUCCUUUAACACCUGCACCAGGAAUUGAUAUUGUAAUGUUAGUCAAAAUAGAUAAGACGUUUAUACCAGACUAUAACAAUAAGGACAGUGCUAAUUACAAAAGUCUUGCGUCAUCUAUUAAUAAAUUGCUGAAGAACCAGUAUGAAGGCAUAACGGGAUUCAUUAAUGUUUUCAUGACGGGAUUCAGACAAGGAAGUGUUAUUGUAGACUUCACUGUCAGGACAUCUGAAUUUAAUGACACUCAAAUGGCUAAGGCAAAUGAUAACAUGAAAACAGCCAUGUCAAAAGAAAUUGCCUCUGUUCUUGAAACGAGUGUUCCACAGUUCUCAAGUGCAACAAAUAUGACACUAAGUCCGGAUGUCAUUUAUACUGGUCAAACCAUGACACUGACAUGUAACUCCUCUGGUUUUAGUCUGGGAAACGAUGUUACAGUUGAAUGGACAUUUGAUGGGUUGGUAAUUUCAUCAAAAAGGCAUACAAUUUCUUUUGAAAUUCCAUUCACACUGGAAGUUAGCCAAGUGAUUCUUGCUGAUGCUGGAGAUUAUCAAUGCACAUUGAAGGGAAAAGCAAUUUCUUUCCACCAGUAUGGAAAGGUGAGAACUAAUGACAUAAAGACAGCACCUAAUGUCCAAGUCCGGGGUACAAUGUUUGCUGAAUGUGUUCAAGGGAAGACUGUACCGCUUGAGUGUUGUGUCCAGUCCCCUUUCACAGUCAACUGGUUUGCUGGAUCGACAUCUUUAGAAUCAGGUUCAGGUUCAAGCCAAAACUGCAUCAGUUAUCAAUAUCUAAUGCAAAGCUGCACAGUACCAAAAGAAGAAACAUUCACAUGCAAAGUUGAAAAUCCGGCGGGUUAUGAAGAAAAAACACGUCUAACCAUUUUUUUAGAUUCUAUUACCUGUAACAGUCCUGAGUAUGGGGCUGGAAGAACAAAUGACAGAGCAGUAGGAAAGUGUGAAGAAGGUCAAACGGGGGCCAAGAUUGCAGUGUGUUUGGAAUCAGGAAACUGGAAACUUGUGGAGGACACCUGCAUAGUAACUGUAAUCAAAGAGUUACUAAUUGGUUCAGAGGAUCUGAAAGAAGAAGAAGUUCCAAGAUUUACAGAGAUAUUAAGUACAGCUGUCAAGGAUGAAGAAAAACAAAUCACUAAAUCAUCUGCAACAAUCUCUGCUAUUGUCAGUAUCUUAAAUAUCAUUGCAAGUGUUUCACAAGAUGUACAAGAAGAUGUUAUGCAGAAUGUACUGGAAACUGUUGAUAUCAUCAUAAGUGAUGAUGCAAAGGAUUCUUGGAACUUUCUAAAUACAAAUCAAACCCAAAAUUCGAGCUCAUUAUUGCUGGGUUCACUUGAGACAAUUUCUGAAGUACUUAAUGGAACAUUUGCAAUAAGUACUCAAAGGAUUCUGCUCAAGAGAGUGAAAUUCAGAGACUCAUACAAUGAACAUCUAAACUCCACGGUUUUCAUAACAAUUCCAGCAACAGGCCUGGAUAAUACAUUUAUCACCACCAUUCUUUUCUCCUCCUUGAAUAAUGUUAUGCCAACUCGGACCUCUGCAUUUAACUUUAGCCUUUUUAAUAUCACCAGCAAUGAAACUGACACCCGGAAUGCCAUCAAUGCUGCUGUUCUGCUUGUCAAAAUAAAUGAAUCAAUUCCCAACGUCAGCUUAAGCUACAACAAGCUCAAUACAACCCUGGAACUGGACCCACAGUGUGUCUUCUGGAAUUUUACACUCUUUGAUAAAGUUGGUGCCUGGGAUGAUGAGGGCUGUCAGUUUAUUUCGGACAUAAACAAUACUGUAACCUGCACCUGCAACCACCUCACAUCUUUCUCAAUUCUGAUGUCAACUGACAUUCCUGAAUCAAUAAGAACAUUAUUGGAUAUUAUUACAUAUAUUGGAGUUGGGAUAUCAAUGGUCAGCUUACUUAUUUGUCUCAUUAUUGAAGGGAUUGUAUGGAGAGCCCUAACCAUAAAUAGCACUGCCUUUAUGCGCCAUGUCGCCAUUGUUAACACAGCCCUGUCCCUGCUGAUUGCUGACAUAUGUUUCAUCAUUGGGGCCUCUAUUGCAAAGAACCCCAAAGAAAACCCAGAUGAGGACUACACAGUGCCAGUUGGACCAUGUAGUGCAGCAACCUUUUUCAUGCAUUUUUUCUAUCUUGCCAUGUUCUUUUGGAUGUUUGUUUCAAGUCUCCUGCUUUUAUACCGGUCAGUCAUGGUGUUCUCCCAAAUGUCCAAAUGGACCAUGUUCGCAAUUGGCUUGACUGUGGGAUAUGUUUGCCCUCUGAUUAUAGCUGUUACUACUGUUGCUGCCACAGCACCUGGUAAUGGAUACGUAAGGGAAGAUCAGGCUUGUUGGCUAAACUGGACGAAGACUAAGGCCCUUUUGGCCUUGGUGAUCCCUGCCUUGACCAUAGUUGUGUUCAAUAUUUUGGUCAUAAUAGUGGUCUUGUACAAGAUGCUGAGAAGAAGAAGUAUUGGAGCGCAGGCAGAUGAAAAACAUGCCCUGUUAGUCAUUCUAAGAUGUGUGGCUAUACUGACUCCUUUAUUCGGACUGACCUGGUCUUUGGGAAUUGGAACCAUGGUGGAGCCAACAAAUAAAGGGAUCCAUAUUGCCUUUGCAUUCUUCAAUUCACUACAGGGUUUCUUCAUUUUAUUGUUUGGGACUCUAUUGGAUUCCAAGAUCCGUUCCCUGAUGUUAAGAAGAGUGCCAACUCUAAGCACUACCUCUAAUCGAACAAGAAGCACAAGUGCUGGAAUUUCAUCUCACAGUGGCCUUAACAUUUUUGGCCGAUUACGUGGAAGAAUGCAUGUCUACCGUCUUUCACGGACUGGAAAUUCAAACAACACCAAUACUGCAUCAGAGUCAUUUACCCCCACCCACUAAUUAUGGGGGGAAAAAACAGGUCAAUUGCCCAGACACAGGACAAAAGGAAUGGCCCAGAACUUGGGCUCCAGCCAAUAAAUUAUAUGCAGAAAUAAUGGCAGGGAAUUCCCAAAGUAUUUGACUUAUUCUGCCUUACACAGUGGAUGGAAAAAUAUUACUAAGAACUACAUAAUAUAUACUGAUGGUGCUCAACAAAGACCUUAUUUGGCCUAUCAUUUUUGAUAUUCUUCAAUGAAGUUGAGAAAAGGUCAACCAGUGCACUAAUAUUCAUAAAUGGUAUGAAAAUACCCAACAUAAAAUACAGAAAGCUUUUUUAGAGAUUUCCAAAGCAUAAAAUAAACCAUGCACACAAACAUCGUUAUUAGAAAUAGAAGAACCUAAUUAAUAGCCAACCACAAAACGGAAAUUUAAACAGAAUUAGAAAAAAACUAAUUAUUGCUGAAGCGGUUGUUGGAUGUGAUAUUUUACUUGGCCUUAGAAAUCUGCCUUUUAGGGGCAAAUACACUAGAUUUCUUGGUUUAAUUGAGCUGUUAUCAAAGUAUGACAUCCUCUUAAAUGACCAUUUACAAAACAUCAGAGAGCACUGACAACAGAAGAGAAUUCAAGUUCCUCACCUUUCACCUGACAGCCUGAAUUAAUGAACUUUCUGCGUAAUAUGUACUAAAUACUAUUCUGAGGGAAAGGCAAGAAGCAACAUUCUGUUCCAUAACAUUUGAUGCAACCCCAGAUGUGUCAGACUUGGAGCAAAAUGCAUUGUUGAUAAGGUACGUCAGUCAAAUAUCUCCUUGGGGUGAGUGGAAAAUAAAUGAACGUUUCCUUGGAUUUAAGACAUUUUCAAAAACACAAGGAGAAAUUGCGAUAUUCGUCUAACAAUCAUUAAGUGAACAUGGGAUAGAUCUCUCCAUGAGCAAUAUCUCCAUGUGCACUUCACACGUUAAACCUUGUCCAUGCAGCCCGGGCCGCCCCACAAAAAGAUACAUUCUUUGGCCUCAUCCAUCAGCUGUACAAACCAUUCAGUGAUAGCCCACAUCUAUGGGAAACCUUACAGAGAGUUUUGAGCCGUUCUCUACACAGCUUGUCUGACACACGAUAAAGUAUGUGGAUAGAAACAGUGCACAUUGUGGCAAAGCAUUUGCUUGGUGUAAUCCAGGCAGGAAACUUUACUAGUGAGAAGCUAAGGCACAUUGUCUAAAGACUUACUUUCAGUCCUUUAAUGCAGUUUUGCUCCUCGCAUUUUGAGUCAAGUGUUGCAGUACAUAGAAGAUUGAAACCUAACCAACCAAUCUUCAACCAUUUAAUUUUAUGUACAAGCUGUGAAUAUAAAACUUGGGGAAGAGAUUGCCUGCAUGCAUGUAUCAUGAGACAACUUUCUCACUGAGGCUAUAGCCAGGCCCAUGGGUUUCAAAUCCCAGUUAGAAAUGAGACAGAGAAAGAACACACUUUUAUUUGAUGAGUCAGAAAAGCAGGAGACAGAGGAGCAAAGCACAGACACUUUAUUUAGAGAUAGUGUUUCAUGUUGCAAUGGAUAACAUAAUCUCUUAACUACAUAUACGGCUCACAUCAAUGCAAAAGGUACGUUAUGAAUAUGGUGUCUUGUGGAAAUUUAGAUAAAUGCCACAGGACAGGAUCAGUGCAACAUGCUCAAAGCUCUCUGAAAAGUAUAAAAUUUACCUCACAGACUCACCUUAAAACCAAAGCACAAAAGAAAAUGUAUAGUGCUACUUUUGAAGAUGGUCUUUGCCUCUGGACCUACUUAAUGUCUUAUACACAAUCGGACUACAAAGCAUUUAUGGAGACUUGUGUGUCCUGCUAUUUUCCUGUCUCUGUUGGUGAUUGUUGCUGGAAGUGAUUGGGCCUUCAGUAAAAGGAAGAUAAGUGAAACCUACCUGCGCUCUGCCAUGUCCCAAGAAAGGUUCAGUGGUUUGGCAAAAGACCAUGGUGUCCCAGGCUCUUGGAAAUCUCUCAGCUGGCCUGCAUUUACCAACACCUGUAUUUGUACAAAUAAUCUGUACAUAUGUAAAUCUGACAAGUAUGUUGUUUUGUUUUAUUUGAUCACAUAUGCAAGUCUUACAAAAUAAAAAGUAUAAUAUCUUAA